AUGUAUUUGUUUAAAAAGGCUAAAGAAUCUAUUGUGAACAGCUUGCAUGGUGACAAGUCUUCACCUUUUAUUAAAAUUAAUUAUAUUUGUAAUUUUAUCCUUAAAAUUACUUUUGCUAUAUGCCUAUGGCUAUCUUCACUUUCAUUAUUGGCUCUUUAUAUGAAUGCUGAUAUAAUAAAUAAAAGUCUAUUUCAAUUAUUUUCAUUGUCUUCAUUGAUAUUAUCAUGUUUAUCUUUCAUUAUAUUAAAAAGAAAAAAUGGGACAUAUAUUUUAACAAAGAUUAAGAUGUAUCCUUUUUCUUUCAAAGAUUUAGUUGAUGUGUCUUUGCUAACGGGGGUUGUUACGAUUUCUAUCUUUGAUAUAAUUUUGUGCUAUCUUUACCUACUUGUAGCAUUUUCUGUUUUUGUAAUAGCAACAUUUUCUAUCUACGAAUGCCUAGACAAUCCUUACAUGAGGGACAAUGAAAACAUUAGCAGUUUUAGCUUAUCAUUCAUUUCAGUUUUAUACAUGGGGUUAUAUGUAAUUUCCAAUGGAAUAAUUUUUAGAAAUCUUCCAUACAACCCUUUAGAAUAUAUAGGGUAUAUAAUAAAAAAUAUUGCAGAAGACAUUUGUUCAGUCACAAAAAAAUUAACAAAAUUGAUUAUUUAA